UUUAUAACAUUAAAAUGCUGAAAGUCUUGAUUUUUAUUUCAAUGUUAAUAGGAUUAUGUUUGAGUAGUCAAUACACUCCAAUUCCAGUAAUUCCUGAUGGAUUGAUAAUUGGGGACAACCCUAAUUUAGUAAUUGAAGCUUUUUAUGACAUUUUUUGCCCAGGCUCUAGAGAAUCAUAUAAUAUAUUCAAAACAGUAGUUGAAACCUUAGAGAAAGACUCUUUUACUGUAAAAGUUUGAUUUAGAUUUUAGUAUAUCAUUCAUCAAUUUCCACUUACAUAUCACAAGAAUGCCUUUGCUGCAUCAGCAGGUUUCAAAUACAUUUGGAAAUCAAUAUCAUAAGAAGCAGCUUAUAAAUACUAAGGAUUGCUAUUGAAUAAUUUAGAAUAAUUCACAGGUAAUAUAAAUAUAUCAAUAAAGAUUUGGCAACUCUGAAUAUGAAAUAAUCUGAAGUAGAUUAGAAGAUUGUUGAUUUAGUAAAAGUAGGAUUACCUUAAUAUUAAAUCGAUACUAAUGGACUACUAAAUUCAAUGAAACCUGGUACACCUGAAAAUAUAGAAACUAGAAAAAGUUGGAAAUAUGGAACUAGCAGAAGUGUAAGUGGAACUCCUACAAUAUUUGUAAAUGGAGUUUUAUUUGAUAAGGGAGAAGAGUUAUCAGCUCAAUAGUGGAUUCAAUAUAUUCGGAAUCGUAAAUAAUAAAAUUGAAUUAAUUUUACAUUAUGUAUG